AUGCAAUUGGGUAUGGCGAAGGGGGCGUUCAGAAAAAAAAUUGGCAAUGAGGAUUAUGAGAGGCAGAAGCAUGUGGUGGACUUGAUUCGUGGUACUGAUGCUUGGAAACGGUCUGGUGGCAGGGAUCACGUCUUUGUGUUGACGGGUAUGUCUUAUUCUUUUCCAUUCUGGGACAAGUCUGCAGUUGUGAAACUCAGUCUGCCAAAGUCUCUAGUUGGAAAAUGGGUAUCCCCACAAGUGGCCUCUUUCUCAUCUAGAGGACCAAGUUCUUUGUCACCUGCUGUGUUAAAGCCUGAUAUAGCAGCACCUGGAGUGAACAUCUUAGCUGCAUAUCCACAUGGAUAUGCAUUUAUGUCUGGAACUUCAAUGGCUUGCCCUCAUGUUUCUGGAGUGGCUGCCCUCAUCAAGUCUUUGCACAAAGAUUGGUCACCUGCUGCCAUAAGAUCAGCAAUUGUGACUACUGCCUUAACAAUUGGCACAAAUGGACAGUCAAUAAUGGCACAGGGAGAUACUCGCAAACGAGCUGACCCUUUCGACAUGGGUGGAGGGAGUAUCAAUCUCAAGAAAGUGGCAGAUUCAGGGCUCAUUUAUGAUAUUAAAAUAGAGAACUACAUUCAAUUCCUCUGUUCCAUGGGCUACACCAAUAAAGAGAUUACCAUCUUAGAUGGAAGAGAAGUAUCUUGUUUGAAAAAUAAGUAUUCUCAGUUAGAUCUAAAUCUCCCCUCUAUCUCCAUCCCAAACCUUAGAAAUACCGUAACAGUCACCAGGAUUGUGACAAAUGUGGGGUCUAUUAAUUCAUUCUAUAGAGCUUUGGUAGAAUCUCCUCAUGGUGUGAGAGUGAAAGUUGAGCCACAAACACUAUCCUUCAAUUCAUCCAUCACCAAGCUUUCAUUCAAAGUGACAUUUAGUUCUACUCAGAAGUUGCUUGGGGAUUGCUCAUUUGGAAGCUUGACUUGGACUGAUGGCCAACAUUUGGUUAGGAUUCCAUUGGCAGUUCGUGUUGUUAAGUAUGAAUCUUUUGUGGACACAUAA